AUCUACCCCAGUUGGUCAAUCAUCCUUCCGAAGCGAGAUAUAUGAUUAGAUAUAUGAUUGGCUCCUCGUGACAAUGAACGCUAUUCGACAGAUCCAGUCGCUCAAUAAACGCGAACUUGAAAAUGCAGUCCCACCCGAAGCAUCCUGGCAUGCCGAUUACAGAGAUACAGCCUACAUAAAUAUUGGCGGCUUACCAUACGAUCUCUCCGAGGGUGACAUUGUGACAAUCUUCUCGCAAUACGGCGAACCAGUUCAUGUGAACCUUGUGCGCGAUAAAGAAACCGGAAAGAGUCGAGGAUUUGCAUUCUUGAAAUACGAGGACCAGCGCAGUACAGACCUCGCCGUUGAUAACCUAGGUGGAGCAACGGUAUUGGGAAGGGUGUUACGCGUGGAUCAUGCGAGAUAUAAGAGGCGGGACGACGAAGAGGAAGGGGAUAACGUCGCAAAACUGUUGGGCGACACGGCUGCUAAGGGUACAGGCGACAGAGAUACAGAUGAUGAGCGACGCAGACGGAGUAAGAGGAGAAUUAGCGAAGACGAUCCCCGAAGACGACCUCUACUGAAGGAAGAGAAGGAGCUCGAGGAGUUGAUGGUGAAUCAUGAUGAGGAGGACCCAAUGAAGGAGUAUCUCAUACAGGAGAAGAAGGAAGAAAUUGCACGAGCACUGGAAAAACUUGACCGUGGGAAAUCAUCUCGCAGGCGAGAAUCUAGUAGGGAAAGAUCUAGUCGCCAUCAUCGUCAACGCCACCACCGUCGCCGGCGGGAUGAGGACCGCUCCCGUUCCCGGGAGAGGAGUCAUCAGAAUCAGCGGUCACGUUCGAGAGAAGGAAGAUCCCAUCGAGACAGAUCACUCUCAAGGAAAGAGAGAAUUUACAGAGAUAGGACACCGGUGUGGUCGCGAUCACCCGAACCACGGAGAAAUCGCGAUAGGGAUGAUCGACACCGAUAAACGUCUAGCAUGUGACAACACAAAUUCUACAUCACGGUAACAAAUUUGGUCAAAUUUUCUAUAUGGUAAUCGGAGCGCGAUUGAUGGGCCACUGGCUCAAUUUCAGAUACCCAUGGAGGAGUGCGUGGAUCAGCCAAAGUGUGGGAUGGCGGUCAACAACAAAAGUGGAUGCUAGAUGCUCGACAUCUGCCAUAUG